CUGCAGAACUCAAUACGACACAACCUGUCCUUGAACAAGUGUUUUCUCAAAGUGCCUCGCUCCAAAGACGACCCUGGAAAAGGGUCGUACUGGGCCAUAGACACCAAUCCUAAAGAAGACACAGUACCCAGCAGGCCGAAGAAGAGACCACGCUCCGGUGAACGGGCAUCAACCCCUUACAGUCUGGAGUCAGAGUCUCUGAGAAUGGACUGUAUCAUGUCUGGAGGGGCAUCCCCAACGCUGGCCAUUAAUGCUGUAACCAACAAGGUAACACUGUACAGCCCUGAGGCUGAAGGCAGUGAGAGUCCUGGGAGUCUUGGUGGCAGUCUGAGCAACAGUCUAUCAGAGCAGAGUUUGGCGUCUGUCAACCUUAACAGCCUGAACAGCGCCGCCAGCAGCAAUGUACACAGCUACACACCAGUCAGCAGCCACUCGGAACCUUCAUCCCAGUCCCUGAGCCUCCAGCAGCCCCCCCAGCCUCCACCACCUCCUCCUCCCCCCCCACAGCCCCAGUACGGCUUGCCAGUCCCGGAGUCACGGGACAAGCAGCUCUGCUUCUCUGACUUUGAGGACCUGAGUUCGUCUUUCCGCAGCCUUUACAAGUGCGUCUUUGAGCAGUCCUUCUCACAACAAGUCAGCAAGCCCGAACCGCCUGCUCCUACCAGCACUCCCCUGGUGCUGGGAGCAGUAGUGGCCAUCACCACCAACACAACCACGGCCAAACGUCACACCACGCCCACCUCCCUCACCUGUCCCCUCACCAGCACCAGGUGCACGGUCAGCACGGCCAGCGCCAGCAGCACUCCACCCAUUCCCACCCAUCUCUCUCCCACCAGAGCCACACCGUGCAGACCUGCCCCACGACAGUUAGACAGCAUCAUAAAUCUAAUCAAGUGGGGCCAUUUGCAAGCGCUGAAACCUGGUGUAGAACAUCAGCACAACUGCAUGUCAACUGACUGGUACCCCAACCUGGACUGGCUGAAAGAGAGCUGCCGCAUUGCCACCAGCUACAACUGGGCUGACGUAGACCUCUCCCCAUUUCAAGGUCUAAAGGAGAGCAUGCGGCAGGCCGAACUCAACAACUGGUCCCUGGACCCCAACCAGAUGGCAGACUUGUGCUCCUCCAUUAACCAGUUCUUCACAGCCACGGGGGUCAUCCCCCCUCAGGGCACUCCCCACCAACAAGCUCAGGUCCAACUCAACGCCGCCCCGUCAGCGCCGCAGCACCCGGCUCAGCCGCACGGAGCUCUGCACCCAAAGCACAGUCUGCACGGCCAACACAACCAACACAUCAACACGGGGAACAUGUACAUGGACUCCAGACAGAACAUUUCUUCUCUAAUGGGUCCACCAGGAUAUCCUCACAUGCCUCCUAUGAGCAACACGCCUCCCAACAUGACAGCUCAUCACAGCCAGCUCAGCCAACAGCACACUCUGCCUCCAGGACACUUUCAGGUGAGGCGCAUGCUGGCUGCUGACGACAUCCAGGACGAUUUCGACUGGGACUCCAUUGUGUAA